AUGCAGAUAUCACUUUCUUACAUACAUAUUCUUCUAGUUGUCUGGUUUUUAGCCCUUUAUUACGGCGAGCGGAUUUAUCCUAGAUCGGCUAUUUCAGCUUGCCGAUGGCCAAAAGACAAGGACUGGCCUUCUGAUGUGCACCCAGCUCGUAUAGCACUUGUUGCUGACCCCCAACUUAUUGACGAUCAUACAUACCCUAGUCGCAAUUGGAUUUUCCAACGCAUUAGUGAAUUUAUUGUUGAUGUCUAUCUUCGACGCAACUGGGUUUAUAUAAAUUCUGUGCUUGAUCCCGAUGCCAAUAUUUUUUUGGGUGAUUUGUUUGAUGGAGGUAGAGAAUGGUCCGAUAACGUUUGGUAUAAGGAAUAUGAGCGUUGGAAUCGAAUCUUUACAAAACCGCCCUACAAACGAACCAUUAUGAGCCUUCCUGGAAACCAUGAUAUUGGUUAUGGAAAUACAAUUGUUUAUCAUGCCCUUGAACGAUUUUCUAUGUACUUUGGUGAACCUUCUUCUACUGUUGACAUCGGCAACCACACUCUUGUAUUGUUGGAUACUAUUUCUAUGCUCAACACUGAAAAUAAGACAGUGUACUCAAAGCCAUAUGACUUCCUUAACAGGAUUAUCAACACUCCUGACUUUUACAAUCAAAGCCCUCGCAUUCUUCUUUCUCAUGUCCCACUCUUCAGAGACCCUAAGCAUCCUUGCGGUCGGCACCGUGAAAGCAAAAAACCACUCCCAUAUGUUAAAGGGUAUCAAUAUCAGACAAUGGCAAGUCCGGAACUAUCCCAAACUAUUUUAAAUGCCUUAAGGCCAGCAGCAGUUUUUUCGGGUGAUGACCAUGAUGCUUGUUAUGUAGUUCAUAAUUAUACCAUUUCUUCUUCAAACGAUGGAACGUCUUUAGAAAAUCAGCCUACUGCUUCAGCGUCAGAAUAUACAGCAAAAUCCAUCUCAAUGGCUAUGGGCAUUGGUCAUCCAGGAAUUCAGCUUCUUACACUUUAUCAUGAUACAUCGGAUCCUAAAUAUAACCCCCAAACUCCUUCAUAUGCCACACGAAUUUGUUUGAUGCCUAACCCCUUUAGAGCGUUUGUUCUUUAUAUUUCGCUUAUAGGCCUUACGGUCUCGCUCUCUGUUUUAAUUAACUUUUUGCCCGAGAUUUUCCCAUCUACAGUUCACGCCAUCCUCACUCGUCGCAGACCUCUUUAUUCGUCGGUUCCAUACUCCCCAGAUUCUUCUCCGGAAUCAUCACCAACACUUCACCCAGUAUCAGGAGGUCUGCUGCCCUCUUAUGCCUCUGAAAUAACAAAGCAAUCUACAGCUAGAGCAGCCACAACAACAGCGACAUCAAGACUAUCGUCAUCAUCAUCGUCACCUUCAGCUUCUCCUGAGGUUCCAGUGCGUAAAACUGUUACGUUUGCUUUGGAUGAGUCACAUAACAGUAGAAAUGCUAAUUUUACAGCGUUAUGGCGUCGCAUGCGCCGCAAGAUGGCUCAGCGCUCUUCUUGGAAAGUAGUUGGGAAAGAACUUGCAUAUAUUGCCAUUCCAACGUUUUUGUAUUUUUUCUUUUUAUCACGAUCUAUUUACAAUGAAUAA